AAAAUUUGUCUCGCGAGUCAACUCGUUCGUCUGAGUCUGAUUUUCUCCCGUUUCCUUUUUCUCUCUCUGAGUUCCGGUUUUUCUUUUUCUCGAACGGAAAACGCCAAUUUUCCUGAGAAAGUGUGAAUUGCGGAUUACAGGAGGAGAUCGAAUCGUGUGGCUAGGGAUUUUUUUUCCUUUGAAUUUAUUGUUGGUGGAUCGUUUUUUUCUUUUUUGUCUGUUUGGAUUUUGUGGCUUGUGUGUGUUUGUAGCUCUGGGAGAAUCUCCGCCAUGAACGGGAACAAUGGAGGAGGAGUUCCGAUGGAGGAAUGUACGGAAGCCGUGGUUUAUAUGUCCGGCUAUUUACCGGGUGCUUCGCCGGACAAAUCGCCGAUUCUGUCUCCGGUCCCCGUCCUGUUAACAUCGGCGGUGCACGGUGGAGAUUCAUGGAAAGACGUCUGCGGCGGCGGUUGCGGAUUCGCCAUGGCUAUUUCAGAUUCUGGGAAGCUGAUAACGUGGGGUUCAGCGGAUGAUGAAGGGCAAACCUAUGUGGCCUCUGGAAAGCAUGGGGAAACUCCAGAGCCGUUUCCUCUCCCAACGGAGGCUCCAGUUGUCAUGGCUUCGGCAGGUUGGGCUCAUUGUGCUGCUGUCACAGAGGUAGGGGAAGUGUUUACAUGGGGAUGGAAGGAGUGUGUUCCAUCUGGGAAAUUUAUCCGUGAGCCGGUUGCUGGAGGAAGUACUCCAAAGGAUCCUGGUGGAAAGCAGCAGAGCGGUUCUGGUGAAGUGAGUCCAAGGUCACAAGGCUCGAAUACAUCCAGCAGUAUGACAUUACAAAGCGAAAACAAAAAGUCUGGGGAGGAAUCAGCAAAGAGAAGACGGGUGUCAUCGGCCAAAGACGAAGCUGAAGGCUUUACACAUGGUGAGGACUUCUUUUCCACAACGCCUUCCCUUGUGACUGUUGGUCCUGGAGUGAGGAUCACCAGUGUUGCAGCUGGUGGUCGACAUACUCUGGCAUUGUCAGUUUCAGAUAUAGGACAGGUUUGGGGUUGGGGCUAUGGAGGUGAAGGGCAACUAGGAUUGGGUUCGCGGAUAAAAAUGGUGUCAUCUCCUCAUCUGAUACCUUGUCUUGAACCACCCAUUUCUGGAAAAGAAAGGUCUUUCCUUAUCCAUCAAGGAACAUCUAAUCCAUCUGCUCAGAUUUCUAAAGCUCCUGGAAAGUACAUAAAAGCAAUUGCUUGUGGAGGACGUCACAGUGCGGCAAUAACAGAUGCUGGAGCAUUGCUUACAUUUGGAUGGGGACUCUAUGGACAGUGUGGUCAUGGAAGCACAAAUGAUCAGUUAAGACCAACUACUGUUUCAUCAGUACACAGUGUUCGGAUGGAGAGUGUAGCAGCCGGGUUGUGGCAUACUCUUUGUAUCUCAAAUGAAGGUCGGGUUUAUGCCUUUGGUGGAAAUCAGUUCGGACAGUUGGGAACUGGCACUGAUCAUGUCGAGACAGUACCGAGGUUGUUGGAUUCACAGAGUUUAGAGAGUAAACAAGCAAAAGUAGUUAGCUGUGGCGCUCGGCAUAGUGCCAUAUUGGCAGAAGAUGGACAGUUGCUGUGUUGGGGUUGGAACAAAUACGGACAGCUGGGAGUCGGGGACACAAUAGACCGCAACAUACCAACGCAGGUUCAUCUCAGCGGUUGCAGCAGUCUUAGAAACGUCGCUUGCGGAUGGUGGCAUACGCUACUCCUCUCCCAUAUCCCUACGUAAGACAACAAACAACAAAUUAACAGUUUUGUUAGGGCUAGUGAAUGGGAACCCUAAACCAAAUUGUUGGGAGGGGGCCUUAUCAGGAAAAAAAAAAAGAGUUCUCUGAAUGGUUAUAAUGGCCCUAAAUAUUUAGUUAACAUGACGUUUAUUUAUGUACAUACCCACCCCGUUCUGUUUUUAGUUUUGUGUCUUCCGAUUAUUUCCGGGGUCUAGAAUUUCUCGACGUAUCCGUGCUGUAUUUGUGUUUUGGGUUUGAAGAAGGCGUUACAAAUUAAGAAAAUGUUGUAUGAUACA